AUGCCUGUCAUCAAAGUGCAAACGAACCAUAAAAAGGUUUCGGAUGGGUUUGAGGUCCGUCUCGCAGUGCACAUGGCAAAAGUGAUGCAACGACCGGAGAGUCAGAUUUUUCUGACGGUCGAUACCAAUUCUCGCAUGACACGUGGCAAGCUGACGGACCCACUGGCGAUUCUCGAAGUCUCCACAUCCACUGUCCUCACUCCGUUGCUCACUGAAGAGUACACCGUGGCAAUUUGUGAAUUCUUCCAACAAGAACUUUUACUGGAUGCCGACGCCGUCCUUAUCAAUUAUCGAUCGUUGAGCCCUGAGCUCAUCGGAUACAACGGACACAUUCUCACUGAAAACCGCCCAUUCAUUACGAGAGAUCGAGCAAUCGUCAUUCUUGGUCUUCUCGCUAUCGGAUUCGCCGCAUUCAUUCUUCCAUUUUUCAAAUAUAUUUGA